AUGGCCAUUUCUUAUAGUUUCAAGUGGCUACCUCUUUUACUAGCUGCUGCAUCACUAAUCACCAUCGCAUCGGCUGAUCAGGCCUUGAUUAAUUCCAUUUGCUCCAAAACCCGCAACCAAGCUCUCUGUUUCCAGGUUUUCCAAAACUCUGCCAGCGCUGAUCGCAGCGGCCUAGGAAUAAUCUCAACAAAUGUAGCAUGGAUAAAAGCACAAGCAACUCUAAGUCUCGUCAAUUCACUUGGGCGAAAGGAGCAUGAUCCAAGGAUAAAGGGUCAAUAUAGAACAUGCGCGGAUGCGUAUAGCAAUGCAUUGGACAUGCUCAGGGAGUGCAAGACAUUUUUCGGUAAAAAUGACUUCAGUACCGCAAAUGUGAGGGCCUCGGCAGCUGAUACUGAUGUGGAUACUUGUUCUAAUGAUGGCACAAGUGUAGCACCAGAACUUAAAGCAGCAAAUCAAGAAAAUGGAGAUUAUAUUGCCAUAGUUUUGGCAGUUUCUAAUGUUAGUUCGGUGUAA